AUGGCCGCGUAUUCUUCACCACUUAUCAUUGACAACAUCGUCUACAACCAUCGCCGCAACAGCAGCAGCACAUCUCCACAGCCUGAGCAGACUCUUCGACACUACCGUCCUAGAAACUCUUUCUCUCCUGUGAUCAUCCAAGAGGAUCUUCCUCAGCGCAAUCCGCGCCAGCUCACCCACAACACCGACACUAUGUGCACCACAAACAUCUACACCUACGUCCACCCCGACGGACGUCGUGAGCAGUACUCUCAGCCCACGCUCUGCGCAAACUCUCGUCACAACCAGGUCUGCGCCAGCAACUAUCUCUUUGAGCACCCAGUCCAAUACGUUCCUGCUCCCUACAACACCACAUCACCGCAUCCUUAUGCCACUCAGCUGCCUCCUACUCCUCAGCCCUCGACACCAUCGGGCUCAUACCGCUCUGGAGAUGAGUCGGACCGCUCAUACGGCAGCUCCUCCAGCCAGAAGAAGAGAUCAUCAGGACUCUACAUCAACGGCCAGAAGAUCCUCGACCUGAACCGUCGUGAGCGCCGACCAAGCUCUCGACACCAGGAGCGCAUCGUCUUGGUCGACGGCCCUUCUUCUCCCCUUACUCCUCCCCAGACAUGGUCUGCUCCUCACACUGCUCCCGCUUCUCCCAACGCAAACACCUACCUCGUCAACUCAUCCCGGGGCCAACCUGUCAUUGUCGAUGAGCGCCGCGUCCAGAUCGAGGUUGUCGACAACAAGCACCGCUCCAAGCACCACCGCCACACCUCCAGCGGCUCCCGACACUCAGACCGCGAGGAGGAAGAGCGCCGCCAGCGCCGCCGCGAGGAGAAGCGUCGCGACGAGGCAGAGCAGCGACUUCGCAGCCGCAUCGCUGAGGCCAACGCCAAGAUCGCCAGCCGUCCUGUCGCCCCUGCACCACCUGCUCCCAGACGCUCAUCCACCUACAAGCGACCUCAAGUCGAGGUCGUUGACCGCCAGGCCGAGCUCGUCAACCAGCUCCGCCGCCUGAGCUUCGAGGAGGAGCGCCGUGAGGACAAGGUCCGUCGCCUUGCCCGCCGCGAGGAGAAGAAGGAGGAGGAAGCCCAGCGAGAGCGUCUCCGCGAGCGAAUGCAGCCCAAGCGCCGCGUGACAAUCGGAUCUGGAUACCGCUACGAAUAA